AUUUAGGGUUUCAGCAGAACUGAAUAACACAAAGAAUUGAUAGGGAGAGAUCAUUUUGCAUAAUUUAACUUAAUUUAUUGUGUGAUUAACUCCUUGGGGACUGGAUUCUGAUGUAGCUACAGUACAUAGCAGCAAUAGAGGGGGGACAGAAUCCCCCCAAAUUUACUCACUGGUGGUUGUGGAGAUGAAGCAGGUGGAGGCUUAGUAGGCUCCGAGCAACCAGGAUGACUUGGAGAUGGAAAGGAGGUGACCCACUGAGGAUUGUGAUGAUUGGGAAAACUGGUGUUGGGAAGAGUGCAGUUGGGAACACCAUCGUGGGAAAAGAAUUGUUUAAAUCUGAAGUGAGUUCAGAGUCAGUGACAGAGACCUGUGCAAGAGAGCGAGUUAAAUACUGCAAAAGAGAUAUCCAUGUGGUCGAUACCCCUGGCAUUCUGGAUACAUUUAAAAAGGCAGAUGACAUAAAGAAAGAGAUUGCGAAAUGCAUCCACAUGGCCAGUCCUGGACCUCACGUCUUUCUGCUGGUCCUUCAGAUUGGAAGGUUUACCCCAGAAGAAGAAAACAGUGUGGAAGCACUGGAGAAACUCUUUGGACCUGAGGCAUCAAACUACAUGAUUGUAGUCUUCACUCAUGGUGACAAGCUGGCUGAGCAGAAGUCCAUACAAGAGUAUUUGACAGAAGGCCACCCUAAACUCAAAGAGGUAGUGAGCAGGUGUUGUAACAGGUAUCAUGUCUUCAGCAACAAAGAUAAGAACAGAGUUCAAGUGGUUCAGCUGAUCAAGAAGAUCGAUGAGAUGGUAGCAGCAAAUGGAGGAUCACACUACACCGAUGAAAUGUUUGAAAAGGCACGGGAGAUUCUGCAACACGAGCGUGAAAAGACUCCAGAAAAGCUGUUCAGCCACCGUGACUUCAUGGAAGAGCUGCGGCAAAAAACUCUCCAGUUUCAGCAAAAGUUGGCUUUUUUAGAGGACUAGCUCAGUGAUUCAGGACCAUUUUGACCAUUAUUUAAAGUUGAUCAUCUGCCAUAUGAUGAGCUAAUUAAUGAUAAUAAUUUGUAGUUAAUGACAGGUUAAAAUCCAUUGUUAGUUUCUAGAUUUUGUGAAAUGAUUCUGAUGCUGAUCAUUUAAAAUAUGGUAUGAAAUUGGUUUCCAUGUCAGGUGUAUCACUGUAAAUUCACCCAUUUGUUCACAUAUUAGUCACAUCUUGGUUCCUACUUUAAGUUUAAAAUCACUUAAAAUAUGCGAACUCCAAAUACAUGUGUAUAAGGGCAAACAUUAUCAAGCUAAGGGUGACAACUGAU